CAUUUUUUGACAUUCGUUGUAAUGUGUUAAGGAUUAUUUUAAGGGAACAAUAUUAUUAAUAUUAUGUAUCCUGAUAUCGCGUGGAUAAAUUCACUUAGUAUUUAAUUAUUCAUAGGCUACGCAUAAAUAAUCCGUCAUUUAGGAUUCAUCAUGAAUCACAUAGAAACGAAAAUACAAUUGUAUAUUUCAUAGUGUUUAAUAUAUUCACAUAUUUCUUAAUGGUCAAAUGUGGAGAAUUAAAAAGACUACCACAGUUAUUGGUAUGGUCACCUGAGGGAAGACAAUUUAUUUGAUAGCCAGAAGAAUCAAAUAUAAAUUUUAUAAUAUUACCAACUUUAACAAAGCGGAUGGUCGGCGAAGCAAAACUACAUAUUAUAAGGACAAUCUUGAUUACGAGGAUAUAGCGAAAUAAGAAAGAUGCCAAAAGAACGAAGGUUUCACACUGAACGAAGCGAUAUUAAACCAACCAGUAAUUUCUAUAAAUCAAAAGAAAAGAAAAAACAACAGAUGAUACCGUUAGCAAGAAAAUCUACGAGUAUUUUAAGUAUAAAAUCAAAGGAACGCUCCCCAACAUCACUACGGCGAAAAGACCUUAAAUCGUUGAUGUACCUACACAACAACAUCACAGAAGACCAGACGCAAGUCGGUUUAAAAUCAUGUCUCUCAUCACAGAGGCAAUGUGACAAAAUAAAGAUGAAAGUUAAAUUUUACUUAAAAAAAGACAAAGACGGCAAAUUGGGCCACCCUUCCCGGACUAAGUCGGCUCAUAGCUUUAAUAAGAAGAAUACGAAAUCCCUUGACUUGAGCUCACCUAAAUCUCAACAAAAAACAAAGACAAAAUUUAAUAAAAUGCGUAUGGCUGGCGACAUUCCCUGCAAGCAAAAUGAUGUCAAACAAAAAAAGCAGACUGAAAAAUCAGAGCACAAAUCUUACAUAAACUCAUCAUCUCUAAAGAGAAAUUUAGCAAGAACUAUGAAAAACCUAAUCAUUGAAAAAUCGAAGCAAUUAUCGGAUACCAGUUUAAGCCAUCAACAUGAAUCUUUUAAAUUAAAACACAAUAAUAGCUAUUCGUCGAUUACUAAGUACCAAAAGUUUAAAAAUCGGUUGAAUAAAAGUAAUUUAAAAUCCCAUCUAUUUCAUCAAGGCACGGGUAAACAUGUUGAAAAUACUUCUAGUCGCACACUUUUUUAUAGCUUCAAGAACCAAAUGCUGCCAGUAAAACACGAAACACGAUUAGAUAGAUCACUCGGCAUGCCUCCAGCAAAAAAAAUACACCGAGUUUCGAGUAAUGUCGACCAUGGAAAUAAAAAUGUAAAGAUUGCCCGUGAGCUGGCUAAACAUGUCACAAAGAAAGAACAUAAUUUCCCAAAAAACAAUUUAUCUGCUGUGUUUUAUCAAGACAUUUGUGUGACUGGAAAAAAAUUAAAGUUGUGGAAAAAUAACCAUACAAAAAGACGUCCUAUAUCUUUACAAAUUGGGCGAAAGCAAACGCCUCCCAGUCGUGGUUCCGACCACAAUAAGCCAAGUAAAAUUAAAAAAGUUCAAACAUUCUGUGGACACAAAGAAAAAACAAGCAUAAUCUUACGCAAAAACGAGGUUAUCAGUUUAGACUCAUUACAAUUUCCUGACCGUAAGUUUUCAGAUUAUUCAUCAACAUUUAUAAGGCUAACUAGUGGUGAUCCCAAACAUAAACACAGUAAAAGUGACUGUUUUAUAUUUAAGGAAAUGCCAAAGAAAGGAAAGAGGUCCAUACAUUUUAACGAAGCUAAUAAAUAUGCUCAACCUAAACACGAACCUAAUGCCAGCCAGAAGGUGUCUCGUUCAAUAUUACGGCCAACAAAAAAAGAAUUAUGGGAUGAUCUUUUAAAUUCUUCUAAUAGAGCACGACACCAAGAAGGCGAUACAUUCCAGAAAUUUCCUCGCCAGAAGGAACACGCAUUGGUAAUUAAAGAUACAUUAGAAAAUUUACAUUCUAUACAAAAGAAAAUGAAAAAAAUAGAAUGGUCAGACAGUUGCGCUGAGAAUUCUAAAAAUGGAGCGCAUAAAACCUCGCGUAGGUCACGCUCUACAUUAGCCAUACAAAGUAAACUAACGGAUAAAAUAUCAAGAAUUUUUAGUAAAAUGAGUAUAAGGAAGAACAAGUCGAUGCCCAAAAUAAAACUGCAGACAAAACUAUUAAAACAGAAUCAGUCUCCAACCAUAUCCAAAGAAUGUCAUACGUCCAAGGAUUAUAAUACUGAUGACAAGGGAUGUAAAAUGAAAAAGGAAGACAAAGAAUGCGCCUGUAAUAUACAUGAUGCAAAUAAUCCAGGAGAACGACCAGCAAACAGAAGAGAUUUCGCGUAUAGAAAGAGCGGUCAAUGCCAAACUAGCGAUACAAUCGAUAACCGUUACCACUACAAUGAGUUUAUUACAAACAAGUCUGCUGAGUGGACACAGACAGGACCAAUAAAUGAGAAAGGAAAUAUGGGAUCAUCUGGACAUCGAAGAAAGGAUUCAUGCUCAUGCGAAAAGUCUCAAAUUUGUUUAAGCCCAAAUUACUCCAAUUAUAAAAACGGGUGGAUCAUGGAUCAUGGCGAUAUUAAUUGUGUAGGAAAUAGAUUUUCUAAUAAAGAACUCCGUUUAAACCCAGAUAAAAUGGAUUACAGAAUAAUUCGGCCUGAUGUUCUGGGAAGUGAACACCAGUCUCAAAAUAAUUCGUCGAAAUUUGGUGCAGCACCAACAGAACGGGGAAAUGUGUCAAAUUUAGCGAAACAAUUUUCUGAUAGCACUAAUUUCCCAGAAAAUUAUUUCGAUUUAGACAAACAUGGGGAGGGAGGUUAUCCUAAGUUCCAUUUGGGGCCAAGCAAUUCUUUUAAUAUGAAUGAAAGUCGAUAUUUAGAUAAAACAGUAAAAGGGAAUGGGAGUAUACAAGUUAUAAAAGGCCCAAUGGAUAGAAUACCGAAGAAAGAUUCUAGAGAAUUACCCUACAGCUCAAAAAACCGUCAUAAAAAAGGAGGAAACUAUAAUCAAGAGGGUAACAUAAUUCAACUUACUAAUUUUGAUGAUGACGAAAAAAAUUACUCUUUAAGGGAGGACUCGUCCCAAGAAUUAAGAAAAAUCAAUUAUAAAAGCAGCGAAAGAAGUAUAACAGAGCAACAAUCUACAAAAAGGUAUAGUACCACCGACCAGCAGCAUGAUGACGUAAUUAAUGUUAAAACUACUAAUGCUCCAAUUAAUAUAUCAAAAUCAAAAGCCAUAAAAAACCCAUCGAGUGAAUCUAAGUUCUCUAAGAACAUGCAACCUUCCAGAGACUUUGCUAAGUCGUCGAUAAGUGUAUUAUCAGCGACAAAUUCCGCACAACAAAUUAGAAACAUAAUGGAACAAGAAUCAAAUAUGACUUUAAAGGAAGUAUCCCUGGAAUUAUUGGAUUCUUUAACUAGAAAUAAUGCAGAAGAAAAAUCGUUACAAACUCAAGCACCCGGAGUUUCUAUAAAGGUUCCACCGAUUAAACCAAAAUUCAGAAGGGAAAGUCAAAUGAAGCAUAAGUCAACCAUUAAAAAGUUAUGGUAUAAAUUCCUAGAAACUCCAAGACCACCAGAGAAAUUACCUCCGACUAAGAAUAAAAAUCUCAAGUUGUUAUACGAUGGUAAAACACCCAUAGAUUCCUUAGACAAAAGAAAAACACAAAAUACACGACCGGUAAAAAGAAACAAAAACUCUAGGGAUGCUGCAUCAGCAAUGCAACCAAUUCGAAGCAAUUAUCAACUUAAAAUUCAAAACGCAGUAGCACAGCAGAAUACUAAUAUGGCGGAAAGUAAGUCACGGACUUGGUCCACCAAAAAUCAUAUCGAGUCACGAUCUGAAAAAGAAAGAAGUAAUCACAGAAAACCCAGAAUGGAACACACCGGUUUGAGAUCCAGUAAAUCAUACGAAAAGACGGAAAAAUCGAAUAAGAGAACUGGUACAAAUAGACUGCACAUUAAAAAAAGGAACAAAAGCAGUCAAGAUGAGCCAACAACAUUUUUAGAAAAAAUUUGGUCCAUUUUAGUGACGAAACGCAAACGAGUGGACAGGAAUCGACGUAAAGUUAAAUAUCUUGAAAAUUAUAAUUUAGAAAAGUGUCAAUCGACUGAAAGAAAACCGAGCCAAUGUAAAAGUAUACAUGAACUCUGUAAACAAAAACGCAGUUCUACUGUAGCAUUAGCAGCAAAUGAAACCACUUCCAGAUCGAAGACUCAAGAUUUUCUGAUUCGCAAUGAAUUUAGAACAGAAUUAAUACAAGAAAAUAAUUUUAAGAAUUGGGGUCAAAAAUUUGGAAAUAUGAUUCAUACGGUGUUGCCCUGGAAGGACAAGACUGAAAAUAAAACUAAGAAAAGAUUACCACAAAGACGAAAAGAUUCUGUGGAAGUUAGAUCUAUACAAACACGCUUAGAUAGGCAAACUAGAAGUGAACAUAAAUCAACAGGCUCGUCUAAAAAGUUCGUACCAGAGAAACUGCAUUGUUUAUCACCUGAUCAAAUCAUCUCUGAAAUUAGAAAUGUAAAUACGAGCGUUAAACGAUUUUGUAUAAGUCCAGAAACAAAAUUAAAAAAUAUAGAACCUUUGAUAAAGUCUAUUAAUCCUAAUAAAGUACAUGUUCAAAUUAAAAACAAACGAAAAGAGUUACACUUUAUAAACGACGAAAAGCCAAAAGCUGCAGGCGACCAUCCGUGUGCGUGUUCUUUGCCUUCAGACAAAAAACUUGCUGGACCAAAAGCUGUCGACAAAUUUAUUCGUCCUGAAUGUCCUAAAUCACAUGUACAUGCAAGUAUGAGGGAUAAACUUAAGGAUAAGGAUAGGAGUAGACAGAAGGACACGAGAGCAAGUCUGCCAUGCGUCUGUGAACAUAGAAAAGCUGUUGUACGUAAAUUAUCUGAUACUUUUUGUAAUUUGAGGGCCCUUUUUCCAAAUCACAACGAUUGUGAAUGUCCGGCGCCUGUAGCGCCACGACCACGGCCACCCGGACGGCUACAUAUAAGUAACCGGCCAACCACCUGUCUUGUCCCUAAGCGCCCAAACCCUGAAACAUGUGAAUGUAUAAGUCAAACAGCGGCAACACCAGGGAAAGUAGAAAAAAAAAAUACAGGCAAUAUAUGUGUGUGCAGCUUAAAGAACGUGUGUCAAUGUUUUGAUCAACCUCUAGAAUGUAUAUGUAAAUGUCGCGAAGCAUUGAUUAAAAGAAAACCAGUGGUAAAAAAGAAGCCGCCAAAACCAAAGAAGAAGAAAGAGCCUAAGAAAAAAAAACCCAAGAAAAUCCUGGCGGUCCUAGAUCCUGGUGGCGGGCUAAGUCCCAAUAUAAUUGGGAAAGGCCUAUGUCCAGCGACGGACCUCGAUACGCUGAAUUGA